AUGCAGUACUUGUACCUGGUUUUGGCUCGUGUCGUGGUGGACUUUCGCAGUACGCGAAUGCCGUUCAAUCGGUUCGACAUAUUCCCGCCGAAUUUCAAAGAGGAAAUCAAGGAGGACCAGUGGCUGGGUGUAACUGUCCGGUCCGGGGGCAAAGGCAGGAAAGUGAUGGUGUGUGCACAUCGUUAUGUGCGGAAGGUGUCUGAGAAUCGGUGGGGACAAGGGCUGUGCUACACUUUGUCUCAGUUGCUGGACUGGGACCAGGAUUGGCAGCCGUGUUCUGGCGAACCUGUUCGACAAGCACACGAGCAGUAUGGGUUUUGUCAGGCUGGGACCAAUGGGUUCCUCACCCCGGACGACGACGUGGCACUCAUCGGUGCCCCUGGCCCGUACACGUGGCGUGGCACCGUCUACGCCUACAACAUUUCGGAGAAUUUCCUCGAGCGGGAUAAAACCAAGUACUACGUGCCUGUGCAAGAACGAGAAUCGCCCGUUGACAAGUACAGCUACCUCGGCUUUUCCACGACUGCUGGGCGAUUUUUCCCGGACGAGAAAACUUCUUUCGUUGCUGGAGCUCCGAGAUCCAACGGAACGGGACAAAUAUUCUUCUUCAAGAGGAUUCCGCGACAGAGUUUGAUGAAAGUUCAAUUGUCACUGUCUGGAGACGUGUUCGCCUCGUCCUACGGCUACGAGUUGGCCUCAGCGGAUAUUAACGGCGAUGGGAUGACGGAUUUAGUUGUUGGAGCACCGUUCCACUAUGCGAAAAAUUCAGGAGGAGCAGUGUAUGUUUACAUUAACUCUCCGAUGGGCUUUCAGGCGAAUCAUCCCUUCACGAAAUUGACCGGAACUGCGGAAUCUCGAUUUGGGUUUGCGAUUGCGAAUAUUGGGGAUGUCAAUCUUGAUGGAUUCGAAGAUAUUGCUGUCGGAGCUCCCUACGAGGGUGACGGAGUUGUUUACAUCUAUCUUGGGUCGAAGACUGGCCUAAUCGAGAAAGUGGCGCAAGUUAUCCGAUCAGAAAAUUUGAACGUGGUUCAACCGCCCAAGACCUUCGGUUACUCCUUGUCGGGUGGUCUGGACAUGGACAGAAAUGGAUACCCCGACUUGUUGGUGGGCUGCUACAGCGACGACAAGAUUGUGAUGAUCAGAGCGAGGCCGAUAGUUGACAUCGAAACGCGGGUUGAACCGAUUGACACAUUCACCAACAUCGACCCAGCCACUCCAGGGUGCAAGAAUAACUCCCAAUCAUCAGAGGUUUGCUUCAGCUUCAGCGCCUGCUUUCGAAUGAAAAAGUCGAAAUCAAUAAGACGGGAAACUAGUCUGGAAUUGUCUUACCGGAUAGAAGCGGAGACGUUCACGGGGAAGAAGUUCUCCAGGGUUUAUUUUGAAAACGGAUUGGCAGACAGGCCAAAUGUCGUGAAGAAGGACACAGCGUUGAGUUCGUCCUCCUUCUUCGACUUCCACUGUUUUACCGAGACUGUUUAUCUUCGCGAGGGAACGACCGACAUCCAGAGCCCGAUUGCUUUCAGGAUGACUUAUUCCUUGGUUCAGCCCAGCCCAAAACUACCAAAAGCCGGGGCUCCCCUUCCGGAUAUGGCCGAUUAUCCGAUUUUAAAUCAACAAGAAGCCGUGAGAGAAUUUGAAGCGACAUUCCUCAAAGACUGUGGAUCCGACGAUCUUUGCCAGUGUGAGCUGUACUUGAACAUCACGACAAACAUGAUUGCCAAAGAUGAUGAUGGAAACCCACUUUUCAUCCUCGGUGAGCAGAAGGAGAUCUUGCUCAACAUCGCUGUCACGAAUCUAGGAGAACCGGCUUAUCUGACGUCUCUAACCGUGGAGUUCCAGUUAUCCUUGAACACAACGUCGGAAGACUUGGCUGCGCGAAAUGAUUUCAAUGUCCUGGUUCGAGUUGUGAUGCAAGCCGAACUUUCGCUCAGCGGAUUGGCUCAUCCCGAGCUGCCGACGUACGGCGGAGAAAUCCGCGGGGAGAGCUCGAUAAGAUUCCUGGACGAGAUCGGGACCCGCGUGGACCACGUGUACCAGGUGGCCAACGACGGUCCGUCGACGGCCAACCGCCUGACGAUCGUCAUCGACUGGCCAUACCAGGUGGAGAACGGGCGGGCCCAGGGUAAGUGGCUCCUGUACCUCACGGAGCGGCCGGUGGUCGAAGGCGACGGAGAGUGCGUCAUCGCCGACGGCGCCAUCAAUCCGCUCAAGCUGACGAACGUGGACGAAACCAGUGACCAGCCGCUGCUUUACGGCUACGCCAAUUCCCUGGGCUAUUUGUCGUCCGAACAUGCUGUGACAGAGUCAUCGAGGGAAGACGGAACCAGCAGUGUCAUGUUUGACGCCGACGAGAGCGACGGAUUCAGCACUGCUGGAGUCGCCGUUGGUGGAACUGUCCGCGAAGGUUCGCUGGGUUCAAACGCCAUCGAAGAAGUGGACGAAGAGAAAUAUCACUCGAAAGGGGAAUCCGGAAUGCAUUACUCCGGCACUUCGAAAACCUCGUACACGUCGAGAGAGGAAAAGGUUUUCCGAAGCAAGGAGACACGAGUUGAGAGUUCUCAGAGCGAAAACAGUCGAGUGAGCAGCAGUAGCAAGUCAGCUUCUUCCGCGGUUCAUGCCUCAUCAUCGUCAUCGGCAUUGUCGAAGGGCGCCGACGAUUUCGGGGACUCGGACUUUUAUGUCGAUGAGGAUUACGAAGACGAACCGACGGGCACUAAAAGGAGACGCAAGAGAGACGCCGAAGCGAGAAUCGAACCGAGGCGCAUAACGGACAAGAACGGGAAUACGGAGCUCGUCGUGGUUUUUGAUUGUCUCGGAGGCUCUGCGAAAUGCGUCCAGUUUCGCUGCGACAUUCGGAAUUUGAUGGUGAAACAAACCGCGACCGUGCACAUCAUGGCUCGGUUGUGGAAUGCGACGCUGGUCGAAGAUUAUCCGCAAGUGGAUCGAGCGCUGAUCCGGUCUCGGGCCAGACUAGCGCUGGAUCCCAACAUCCCUCUAGUGCAAUACAGCAUUCGUGACGACGUCACUUAUGCGGAAACGAGUGCUUUGCCGGACUCGCUGACAGUGCCAGGCCGAGCAGGGAUCCCGUGGUGGGCCAUCCUCCUCGGGGUGAUUGGGGGCCUGCUCUUGCUGGGCCUCAUUGGUGUGUGCCUCUGGUGGUGUGGGUUCUUCAAGCGGAAGAAGCCCGACUUCACGCUGAGCGGGAACCUGGAGCGACAACGCAUGAACGGCGACUACUGAUCAACGUUCAAAUCCUCGUCAAUGAGUAUUCCUUCAUCGUGUUUGCCUAUAGAAUCUUCAACUGCUGCUGCUGUGGUGCGCUUAUUGAGUAGGAACCUCCAUCUUUAUUAUAGAUGUCGUCCUUCAUUAUUGUUCAUGUUCUCGUCUGUCGCUUUGGUGAAAUCCCUCUUUUUGGUUCCUCGUCUUAUUGCGUUCACACUUCAGACAUGAUGCUGCUAUAUAGUUCUUGCUGUGAUGCUUCAUCGAUGAAGAGUGACCCUUGGUUUUUCGUUUUACCCAAAUAUUUUUUCUGCUCCUCGGAAAAGGUGGACAAAAAAAAAGGCUGGUGGAAUUUUUAGGUGUCGUAUAUGUAGGAGCAAGUUGCAAUAUUUUGUUUUCAUUUGCCGCUUUUAUCGUACUUUCGGUCCACUUUUCGAAGUCUAUUCAAAUUUGUUUUUAAACCGGUUUGGAGAUCACAUUCUUGUGAAAUUUUCAUUUUACGGGUGGUAGACGUCGAUGAAGCUGCUUUUGCCUUGCCUCGAACGCACUGGCGUACCUCGAAAGGAAAGGCAACGGCAGCAGGUGAAUCGACACUUGAUUGAGCGGCGGAGCCCAUUGAGCAAUUUUUGUUCGAAUGAAGAAUAGCUUUCCGCUUUAGGAAAUCUGAAAAUCCCAUCGAUUGCUAAUAAUUGUGGAGUAUCUCUUUUCCUGCAAGUGCCAAAGUGGAUUUUUUUUUAACCCGCGCGCGAUGACCUUUUUUUUGUCUAUUGUCGUCUUGUGCCAUAAUCGCCGCGUCGCUGAUUGCGAAUGUCUGAAUGCGUUCGGACUUUUCGCCGCUGUUCGUAUUUUUUUUAUUUGCUUUGAGAUCAAAUCCGUCCAAGAGGGUGUUUUGUGCGAAGAUUGUCGGGAACUGGUUGGAUAAUUUCCCUCUCCGUAACUGUCUCUUUCGGUUAGUUCUUGUAAUCUCGGCGUGUUUAGAAAAGUUUUCGAGGAGUUUCGCCUUUUCUUUGCUUCAAUUUUGGUCGUGUGACUAUUCGGAAGACGAAUCGAUCCUUUUUGUAGGGGUAUGAAGGUUUUUGUUUUGCGGAGUUGCCUUUGCAUCGGUUUUUCUGUGAUCCUUGAUUACUUGGGCCGGAGGACUCAAGCAACAAGUGGGAUUCGAGGUUUGAGUGAAAAUGUCUGACGCGUUCUUUUUUUUUUUAGUGUGAAGAUUUCUGGUUAACUUUUGUCAAAAAAUGGUGCUAAAUUUCCCGAGAAGAAGGAAUCUCUCGACUUCUGCUGCUGUAUGAGAGUGAGUGAGAGAGUUGUUAAUUGAAAGAUUUUGUGAUAGGUUUCGCUCGAAUUCUUCCGAAAUGCCUUUUGACCAAAUUUCUUGAGGAAAGUUUUUUUCCUUCAAUUUGGUGCUUUCUUUUCCAAGCAGACACUAUAUAUGCACCGGAAGCGGGGCGUUUAUAAUUAAUAUUCUAGUCAAACAAACAAACGAGAAAGAAAAAAAUACUGAUCAUGAACAUUUACUUGACCUUUACUGACGAUGAGAAAGAAAAGAAAGAGGAAGGAAGAACAUCUCUCGUAAAAUCCGAAAUCCGAGGCACUUGGUGAACUCAUCUCGAUAAUCUGUGACUAACGUGGACAUCGAAAUUCCUAAAAACAAGUCGGAGUGAGAAGUUUCCCCCUCGGAUUUCACCGUUUUAUAUUUGUUUGCGAAUUGUUUGUCUCUUCGUGGGGAAGAGGGGGAAUAAGAAGGGAACUCUCGGACCGUUUUUAAUGAUCGAGGGAAUACAUUGGUACUUACGAGCAAA